AUGUUGUCUCAAGUUCCAACGGAAGAUGCCUGUUUAAGCUGCGGGGCAUGUUGUGCCUUUUUUAGAGUCUCAUUUUACUGGGCUGAAGGCAUCUCCAUGCCUGAACAUUACACAGAGCCAGUGACGGCUGUGUAUUCAUGUAUGGCUGGAACCAAUCAAGCCAGCCCACGCUGUAUCGCACUGCAAGGUACCAUUGGUGAGCACGUUAGUUGUGGGAUGUAUGAACAGCGUAGCUCUUCAUGUAAAGAAGUUCAAAUCGCUGAUGAUCAAUGCAACAAAGCGCGACGUGCGCACAAUAUGAUUCCAUUUGUGCAAUUGGAGGCGAGCAUUCCAGUCAAUGAUGAAGGUUUUGAUCAACGCACGGAAAUUACCACAGCAAUGGAUACGGUGACUGAAUCACGUAUGGCGAUUGCGAUGGCGCAAAACGGUGGUAUUGGUAUUUUGCACAAGAACAUGGAUAUUGCUGCACAAGCUGCGGAAGUCCGUCGU